CAGGGUGACCGCGUAGGCGCAGCUUCCAGAGCCCGGCCUUUAAGGUCACCCGAGAGCACCAGGAUGGGCGAGAUUUUUGAAAAUCAAAACACAAACCGCAGUUACUGAGUUAUUGUUCAUUGUUGCAAUCGCCCCGGUCUUUCCGGAGCCACUUCCUUUUUCCAAACUCUGCUCCCCAGUUUGUGAGCCUGUUGUCGGGUGCCUGUAUAGUGAGGGGUUCGAGGCGGUCACGGUGUCCAUACACUUGGCAGGGUUUGACUCAGCGUGAUCCGCCUUGAGUCAUUUUGCCGCGGCCAUUUACUACUGCCGUAGAGCCCUGUCCACGCCUAGGUAUGCAGGUGAUAGACUAGAGACCAAGACUUCUGUCUCCGUAGCGUCCUGGAGCAGUCUGAAUGCCAGAAUGGAUAACCGUUUUGCUACAGCAUUUGUGAUUGCUUGUGUACUUAGCCUCAUUUCCACCAUCUACAUGGCUGCCUCAAUAGGCACAGACUUCUGGUAUGAAUAUCGAAGUCCUGUUCAAGAGAAUUCAAGUGAUUCGAAUAAAGUGGCCUGGGAUGACUUCCUCGGUGAUGAGGCAGAUGAAAAGACUUACAAUGAUGCACUGUUCCGAUACAAUGGCACAAUGGGAUUGUGGAGACGGUGUAUCACCAUCCCCAAAAACACAUACUGGUAUACUCCACCAGAAAGGACAGAGUCCUUUGAUGUGGUUACAAAAUGCAUGAGUUUCUCACUAAAUGAACAGUUCAUGGAGAAAUAUGUUGAUCCAGGAAACCACAAUAGUGGAAUUGAUCUGCUUCGGACCUAUCUUUGGCGUUGCCAGUUCCUUUUACCUUUCGUUAGCUUGGGUUUGGUGUGUUUUGGGGCUUUGAUUGGACUCUGUGCCUGUAUCUGCCGAAGCCUGUAUCCCACCAUUGCCACGGGCAUCCUCCAUCUCCUGGCAGGUCUGUGCACACUGGGCUCUGUAAGUUGCUAUGUUGCCGGCAUUGAACUACUACACCAGAAACUAGGGCUGCCUGAGAAUGUGUCCGGAGAAUUUGGAUGGUCCUUCUGCCUGGCCUGCGUCUCGGCUCCCUUACAGUUCAUGGCGUCUGCUCUCUUCAUCUGGGCUGCCCACACCAACCGGAAAGAGUACACCUUAAUGAAGGCCUAUCGAGUGGCGUGAAUGGGCAGCUGCCUGCUUGACAAUGGCCGUUUUUAAUUUUUUUUUCUAUUGAAGUUUUCCCUUGUCUAUCGCCCAGUUGUCUUUCAUAUUUUUGUGGAUAUGCCAUUUUAUCCUAAAAGUCCCUUUAAUUUAUAUACAGUGCCACUAAAUACCACUUAAAAUGGAUGUGGCUCACUUUGAGUGGCUCAGUCUUUUACCAGAUUGAUCUAGGUUCAGAAUUCAGACAAGAAGAACUGUAGAGAUGUGAACCUACUUUGUGAUAGAACAUUGGCAGUGGAAAAUUGACCCAGAACAGGGCCUGCUGAUGUCUGCUAAACGCAGUAGUGUAGUAACAUGUGCUGAACUAGAAACUAAUUCCAUAUGAGAUCUGUUAUCACUGUCAAAACUUCAUGUUUAAUUUCCUGUUGUUGAUACCAGUCAGCUAGCAGUACCAGUGUUCCUAAAGAUGUGUGCACAUAAAAUUGGGAAAUUAUUUUUAGCAUCCUUGUCCCUAAACUUUGGUACAUUGCUUCAUUCAUCUGACAUAAAAUAUGGCAGCUGUUUAUACUGUGAUUGUCUACAAGAAAAAAAAAGUGAAAAAUGAUGUUUACUUGAAAUUGUAGCUUUUAACUGCAAAGUUUCAAUUCAAUGAGAAAAGCUGAUUAAUCAUACUACAUUAUAUUAAGUUUUUUUUUUUUUUUAAAAAAAAAAAAAACUGAAACUCAUUAGGAUUUUCAGUGCCACCAAACCAUUGUGAAUUUCUGCUGUGAAUUUCCCCCUCCACACACCAGGCUUAUUAAAAAAGUGCUUUCUUUUUAACAGAGCAUUAGAAGAAUCACAGUCCAUUUCCCAACUGCUUUGUUCCAGCUAAGUACUAAGUGGGAGGUCCUACCAACAGUGACCCCCAGACCUGGGGGUUCCACCACCACAAGAUAUAAAGCUGUGGCUACCCACUAACUUCCAACUGUGGUCUUUAUUUCUUGUGGUGAAAUGAUGUGCCUUUCCGUGCCCAAAUCCCUUCCUGGUGUGUAUCAACAUUAUUUAAUGUCUUCUAAUGCAAUCAUUUUUUAUAAUAUGUCUGUAAACAUUGAACUUUAAAAAUCUUAUUUAUUUACUCCAUUACUGUAGAACUUCACAGAUUUAAAAAAAAAAAUGUAACUCAGUAAUUUCUUACCAAAUCCUAAAUCUGUCUUUUUUUAAAAAAUAAAAAAAGAGAAUCAUGUA